AUGGAGACCGUUCUGAUUCCAAUGGAUCUAAGAGAAGCAUGCUUGUGCAAAGGUUUUGGGGCUACAUUAUUAGGAGCAACCCUGAAGUGGUUAUUAAAUUUACCAACUGGAUCUAUUACUUCCUUCGCACAUUUAGUUAAUCAAUUUAAAUUACAAUUUUCUUGUAGUAGACUUUUUGAAAAGAUAACGAGUGAUCUUUAUCAAGUCACUCAAAGGAAUAACGAAUCUUUGAAAGAAUUUCUUAACAGGUUUACGAGAGAGUCUCUGCAGAUUCCAAAAUUAGAUAUGAAUACUGCAGUUCAAGCCUUAAAGAUGGGGUUAAGCAAAGAUUCUUUAUAUUAUCAAGAUCUUGUUAUGACACCUUGCAGGUCACUUGACGAAGCAAGAAAUCGUGCUUUAAGGUUCAUCAGGUUGGAAGAAGACAAAAUGCUGAGAAAAAGGAUGGAGACACCAUCAACAUAUGAUCGUCCAUACAGAAGAACAGAAACUCCUGUGUUUCGACCAAGCAGAAACAAGCCAUAUACAAGAGCUGUGCAACAAAAGACAAUCAAAAAGCCUAGAAAUCCUCAAUAUCCUGAAUUAUCUGAAUGUUGUUUGCCUGUUAAUGUUGCAGGAAUCGUAGUAGCAAUGAAGGAUCUUGGGGACAAAGUUAGAUGGCCUCCCAAGAAUCCUAAGAUUGAUGCAAACAAAGACAAGUCAAGAUGGUGUGCCUAUCAAGAAGAUUUUGGGCAUACUACCGAAGAAUGUUUUGCCUUCGGGAGGGAAAUUGGGAUACUUCUUGGCAAAGGAUAUCUGACAGAAUUAUUUGGCAAAAAGAAAGCUCAAAGAUGUUGA